AUGGCUUCAUUAUACGAGGUUCUUGGGGUAGAGUCCUCCGCAACAGAGGGCGAAAUCCGCAAGGCCUAUAGGAAACUAGCGCUCAAAUUUCAUCCUGAUAAAGUGUCUCCAGAGGAGAGAGAGACAAGUGAAAUAAAGUUCAAAGAAAUAACUGAAGCGUAUGAGAUUUUAUGUGAUGAAGAUAAGCGAAGAGACUAUGACUUGGGUGGAUCUAGAAGAGAAGCCCCAGGAUAUAGUUUCAACGAUUUUGAAGAGUUUGGCGGCUUUGGUGGAGGUGGGUUUGGUGGCGAUUUUGAUGCCGAUGAUUUUGCUAAUUUCUUUGGAACUAACUUCAACGCUAGGAGAUCAGGAGGGAACUCCAGUUUUAAUCAUCCAAAUGUUGGUGAGCUAGACAUUAAAUUUGAAAUUAACGUGACGUUAAAAGAUCUCUAUUUUGGGAAGCUAAUCAAGAAAACGUACAAAAGAGAUACAAUCUGCAUUAAAUGUAACGGUAAAGGUUUACGAAAGAAUGCAGUGGAAAUUGACUGUCCAGCCUGUCGGGGACUCGGUGUUGUUGAAGAAUACCGAAGAAUGGGGGGUAUGGCAUUUGUUGAACGCGUCAAAUGUAGACAAUGUGAUGGUAAGGGUAAGUAUUCAAGGCCCGAUGACAAAUGUCGUAAAUGCAAAGGUAGCGGCACUAUGAAGGAAGAAUGCACCUGUGAAUUUCAAAUACAGAGAGGCUCUCCAAAUGCAGGUGAAGUUACGAUAAAUGAUAUGGGUCAUAUUAAACCUAAUUUGCCUAAAGGCCGAGCAAUAUUGAAGUUUACCUAUACCAAGGAUCCAAAGGAAAAUGAGCUAUUCCAUAGAGAGGGCAAUGAUCUGUACACCAAGAUUUCGGUGAGUUUGGUUGAUGCAUUAUGCGGAUUUGAAAACGAAAAACUAGUCCAAACCUUAGACCAUAGGUGGUUGAACGUUAAAGUUCCAAUGGGUAAAGUACUAAAGCCCGGCGAUUGUAUAGUUAUCAAAGGUGAAGGUAUGCCGAUUCCAGGGUCCAUGUUCAACUCAUCCGGUGAUCUCUUUAUUGGUAUAGAGAUUAUUUUCCCUAAAGACGGCUGGAUGGUCGAGAGAGGGGAUAGGAAUAGAUUGAUGGACAUCCUCGGACAUGUGGAAAACAAGCCUGAUGCUAAUGAUAAUGACCAAACCGAUGAUGAAAAAUCAACUCCAACCGUUUUCCAAAUCAAAGAGAAAGACGCCGUUCCAAAAUCUUUUAAUACCUACGUCAACAACACCGAAGUUAAAACUUUUGGAACAGGAAACGACAAAGGAUGGUUUGGUGGCUGGUUUGGAUGGUAA